AUGCAGUAUCAAAUUUAUACUUCCGGUAAUAACAGAUAUAGAAGUUUGAUACCUCAGCAUUACAGUAUAAUAAUAACGUAUAUCGUCAAUAAAUUUGAAGUUCAAAUGGACUACUUUCUAUUUCUACUUUCUACAUAUUGGAUUAUUGGAUUUUUCAUCGCUUUAAUAUCAGUUACUUACAUUUAUCUCAGCAUAGUGUAUAGCUACUGGAAAAGAAGAGGAAUUCCUUCACCAAAAACAACGUGGUUGUUGGGUUCAUACGGGACAAGAUGGAAAGAGCCUCAAGGUUAUAUAGAAUUGGAAUGGUAUAAGAAAUAUGGAAGAAUAUUUGGUAUUUACGAAGGAUUAAAUCCCAUUCUGAUGGUUUCUGAACCGGAAUUAAUUAAAAAUAUAUUGAUAAGAGACUUCAAUAAAAUACCGAAUCAAAAACGGUGGAAAUUUGGAGAUCGAAUUAUCGAUAAUAUGGUUAUCACAAUGGAAGAUGAGGAAUGGAGAAGAGUAAAAUCUACUCUCACGCCAAUAUUUAGCAUUGCUAAAAUUAAAAAGUGUGAUCAGAAAAGUUUCCUCAGAUAUUUUAACGUCUUCAUCAUGGAUUCAAUUUCCAGAUGCGCUUUCAAUAUGGUCAUUGAUAGUCACGAAUACGUUAAAAAUCCUUUUGUUAUUGCCGUCACCAAUAUAUUUUCAUCAGUUCCAUGGAGAAAUUUAAUGUUAGCAAUAUUUCCAAAAUUAAGCGAGUUACUAAAAUUGUCUGUUGCUGAUACAAAAUCUACUUCAUUCUUAUAUAAAACAGUUCUUGAAAUUCUGGAAAAACGUAAAAUGCAUGAAAACGAAAAGUAUGAUGAUUUACUUCAAUGGAUGUUAGAAAGUUCAGGUUCUGAAAACAUAGACGAAAAGUCAAAUUACAAUACUUCUAAAAACAAAUAUCUGACCCGCGACGAAAUUAUCUCCCAGUGCAUUUUGUUUUUUAUUGUCGGAUUCGUCACAACUGCUGCCAAUAUUAACUUUAUCGUAUACAGUUUAGCAUUGAAUCCCGAAUGCCAAGAAAAAUUAGCAAAAGAAUUACAAGAAAAUCUUCAAAAUCAGGAAGAACUAGAAUACGAAGACGUUCAGAAUUUACCUUACUUAGAUGCAGUCAUUUCUGAAACGUUGAGAUAUUACUCACCAACUCCAAAAGUUAUUCGCAUGGGACACGAAGAUUAUCAUUUAGAAGGAACGGAUAUUGUUGUUCCUAAAAAUAUAAUGAUCGGAAUACCAAUUUAUGCAAUCCAUCAAGAUGAAGAAUGGUUUCCGAAUCCCAAAAAGUUUGAUCCCGAAAGAUUUCUCCCAGAAAAUAGAAAUCUCAUUCGUCCUUAUACAUAUUUUCCCUUUGGAUUGGGACCGAGAAGUUGUUUGGGUAUGAAAUUUAGUCAAUUGGAAAUGAAAUUGUGUCUAGCAAAUGUUUUUCGCCAUUUUCGCUUUUGUCUUUGUGAGGAAUCAAAGUUGGUGAUGGAUUUCAAUUCUGGUUUCGAAGUCCACAGUCCUAAAGAAGCCAUUUUAAAAGUCGAAUGCAGAAAUUAAAAUACUCGACACUUAAUUAAUUUGUAACAAUGUGCU